AUGAAGCAAGUUUUAGGCACGGUCAUCUCGAAAGAGCGGCACGGGUUCCUUCCAGGCAGGCGGCUCUCGGACGCGGUGUCGACAGUUGCGGAUAUGAUAGAAGCUGCCAGCAACAACAGGGAAGACUGGUACCUGCUGAUGAUCGAUUUUCAGAAGGCAUUCGACUCUGUGUCGCGGUCGUUCCUGUUUGACACGAUGGCGCUGAUGGGAUUCCCGAGCAAGUUCAUUCGGUGGUGCGAGGGGCUGCAUGAUGGUUCCUUCACUUGUCUGCUGGUGAACGGGUGGCUGGGAGACCGGGAGGCAAAGCGCAGGAAAUUAGGCAUCGGUGAUGACCACGGCGACAGAUUGGCUUACCUCGGUUACGCGGAUGACACGUCGCUUGUGUUGAAAGGAAAGAGGCAGAUUGAGAAAGCGGAGGAGCUGCUGGAGGAGUUUGGAGCUCGGUCCGACCUCCGCGUCAACAAGGACAAGUCGGCGCUACUCCCACUGGGGGCUAACCUGAAAGAGACGAGGAACGAGGGAUUAGACUUCGUAUGGGUGAACCCAAAAGAUGCGGAGAGACUUCUAGGUGUCUGGGUCUCCCCUUCUGGAAGCGCAGAAGUUACCUGGGAUAAGGCGCUGGCCAGGGCGGCGGAGGAGCUUGUGAAGUGGCAAUCGCACCACUUAACCACGACGGCGAGGGUGGCGGUUGUUAAUGCCUACGUCUGCCCAAUCCUGGCGUUUCAAGGGCAGGUUUAUCCUUCGUCAGAGAGCGUGUGGAAGCGGAUCAUGAAGCUGCUGGUCAAUUUCAUCUCCGGCAACAAAGCGUCGACGGAGCGGCACUUCACGCUCUGA